GUGAUUCAUUACGCACAAAAAUCAGGGCGCGGCCAACUUUACUGACUUUUAGACACAAAAAUUUACUACAGGGACAAGUUGUAGCUAUAUUCAUAUUGUUUUCGUUUCUUGUUGCAGUCACUCGACAACGACACACUUACUUUUGCAAAUCAUGCCGGCUGCUACAAAAGCAUCAGACGCGAAGCGACGGCGGAAGGCUCUGGAGGCCGUGGUUUUUGGCGCAGGUGGUCACGACGGGACUGAUGAUGAUUCCGAAGUCUAUGACUCGGAGGAUGAUGGUACAUCAAGGAACAACAUCAAUAAUGUCCAAACAAGCGGACAAACAAGGUCGGUCGUAGGUACCUCGCAGCAUUUGGUGGAGCGGUCCAUUUUGGGAGAACAGGCUCGGAACGCGUGCGUCUGGAACGAUUCGGACGAGGAAAACCUGGAGGUCCAGAUUACCACCGGCAAGAAGCGCCUUCGCAAAUUGCGAAAAGCGGCUGAAGAGACCAGGUUAUCGGGGAAGGAUUACGAGCAGCGCCUGCGGGAACAGUUCUUGAAGCAGCAGCGACAAACGGUUCCCAGUUGGGCAAAGCCGAAGGAGGCAGAGGAAGACGAGGAUGAAGAAGUGCACGAUAGCAAGACGAGCGCUGGUGCUGACAGCGACCUGGACGACCAAGAAGAUGAAACAGCCGAGGUGCAACAUGAAAUCGACCUGGAUCGGUGCGUAGCGCAGAAGAAGUAUGGUCUUUUUGCUUCGAAGGCCGAUCAGAAGAAGAACAAGAGCAACCACGCAAAAGCCAUCAAAACGGCCAAGAAUCUAGCGGACGAAAAGGAGCAGAAAACAAGUAUCACCGCGUCUGCUGCGGACCAAUUCAAGAACAAGCCGCUACCCCCGCCGAGCGUCGGUUUGUUCAUGACCACGCGCCCAAAUUUGAACGCGGCCUCUCAGAUGAACUGCGUCGCGGAGUGCGUGAAGUUCCACCCGAACAGCGAAAUCGUUGCUACGGCGGGGAAGGACAAAAUGCUGAAGCUUUUUGCCAUUAACGCGGAUCCGCACGCCGAGCACCCGCUCCUCGCGUCCUACCACUUCGAGAAGUACCCGAUCACCGGGAUGGCCAUGCAAAACAAGUACGGCACGACCAGUGGCGAAGACGCGACCACGAUCUUUCUGUGCGGGAAGACGCACGAGCUGAAGCAGUACGACAUUGCCACGGGGAAAGUGUCCACGUUCUGCCCGUUCCGAGGCACGAACAGCCGGGCCAAAAACGACAUCGGCACGUUGUGGGACUUCCAAAUCGCGGACUUCGGCCCGUCGAGCAGCAGCCAGGGCGACCAGAACCUCGCCUCGGUGCUCUCCGAGAACGGGAAGCUGUGCGUAAUCGACACGCGGAUCGCCACCACCGUGAAGCAGUUCCAGAUGAACAGCGCGGCGCAGUGCCACGUUCGCCUGCCGACAGGUAAGGGAACUGCUGCAGCGGCUCAAUUUCUGUCCUGCGACGCGACCGGCCGCAUGUACGAGUGGGACUUGCGCAGUGGCCGCUGCCUGCACAAUUUCCAGCACGACAACUGCAUCGGGAUUUCCUCCAUCGACGUCUCUGCUGAGGGCACGCAGAUCGCGAUUGGCACGACCUCCGGGACGGUAGACGUGUUGGAAAGAAAUUAUUCGGCGCAACCACUCUCCUCCUCCGGGGACCACGGGGGCGUUGACGGCGGGCAAGAACGGUAUGUGUUAAAGAAAACGUACGACCAGUUGCAGCACGAGAUCAGUACGGUCCGGUUCCACAAACACUUUCGCAACCCAGCGAAGAACGCAGCUGAACCCUCGUCCGAGCUCCUGUCUUUCGCGUCCAAAUACACGAGGAAGGGGUUGAAAAUGGCCCACUUGCAGUCGCACACCGUGUACGAGCAGUCGUGGAACACCUUUCCGUUGAAGUACGUGCAAAGCAUCGAGUUUUCGAACAAGAACGGCUACUGCGCACUGGGACAGAGCGAUGGGAAGGUGUUGUUGUUUCAGAUUGACCACUUCGGGGUGAACUCUUAGAUGAUGCGUCGAGGAGAACAAUCAACUCUUUCGAAGGAGAAGUAGGCGGUGCGGUGUUUGUAGGAUGGUCGUGCACGACGGGCGAAGCUGACGAACAAGUUAAGGCGCUGCACUGUUGUGACAGGGGACAAAACAUGCUGAGAAUACUUCAGGAGCGCUCUAUGUUCGAAAGUCGAAAGAAACGGAACCAAAAAUGCAGCGCUUCACCGCCUUCACGCUAUUUGUCAAAAAAUGAAAAAUGCAAUUUAAUGAUACUGGCCCCCUAACACCAGCUGCAGUGUCG